CAAACUGUGCGGACGCAUUUAGCUCGGUUAGUGCGGUACCUUUGACUCCUAUUUGUUUUAUUUUUUUUUAGUAUUUUUGUUGUUUGUGUGAUUUUAAACUGCAUUUCAUUUUGCCUGCGGUUGUGAGUGCCUGACAGUUUUUAUGGCCAACUAAUAAUCUUAUCGUAAGCAUGAGUCGAAGCACAAGUUAUUACUAAGUGUCAUCGUCACGUUAAAAUUGGCCUUAACAUUGAAAUAGCACCGUUUGCACCAGCAAGUAAUAACAAACCGAGCCAAAAGCAAAGAAACAAACGCAUUUUCCCCCCGCCCCACUUUCCCGCGGAGUGACAGAGAGAAUGCCUGUAAAAUCGGUAUCGCGCCAGCAGAGCCAAACGCCCGCCCAGCAGCUGCAGCAGCAGCACCAACGGGAUGUUGAAAAUGGCCUUUAUCCAAAUAUACCGCCCGAGCGACGAUCACCAACGCGUCCAGUGCGGCCGCCAACGCUGCGUCAGGACACCAUUGACAUGGAGGAGAUACCACUUAAUCAGUCCAAUUCAGUGCAGGAGCCAGAGGAUCGUCGAAAAAUGCGCGAAAUUUUCGACAAGCACGAUUCGGACAGGGAUGGGCUUAUCAGCACACACGAGCUGAAGGGUCUUAUAUCGGAUGGCUACUGCCGGGACAUACCGGCGUACAUUGCCGAGCAAAUACUGCGCAGGAGCGACGUGGACAACAAUGGGCACCUGGACUUUGACGAGUUUUAUACCAUGUCGCUGCACCACAAGUGGAUGAUACGCAAUAUGCUGACCAGAUAUUGCCGGUAUGUGGUGCCCCCGCCAAAGCCGUUGGAGGGCGACGAGCCGGAUGGUGCGUACGAAAAACAAAUGUCCAUCUGCCCGCCCCCGCUGACCAUGGUCAUCUUCUCGAUCAUCGAGAUCAUUAUGUUUCUGGUGGACGUCAUCUACUUUCAGGACGAUCCGAAUCACAACCAGCGCCUGGGCGAGAGCACCAACGGACCAGCGGCGACGCUCUUCAUUUACAAUCCGUACAAGCGCUACGAGUCGUGGCGCUUUCUCAGCUAUAUGUUUGUGCACGUGGGCAUCAUGCACCUCAUGAUGAAUCUGAUCAUACAGAUCUUCCUUGGCAUUGCCCUGGAGCUAGUGCAUCACUGGUGGCGUGUGGCGCUCGUCUACUUGGCCGGCGUACUGGCCGGAUCAAUGGGCACCUCGCUGACCAGUCCACGCAUUUUUUUGGCAGGCGCCUCCGGCGGUGUAUAUGCCUUAAUCACUGCGCACAUUGCGACGAUUAUCAUGAACUACUCAGAAAUGGAGUACGCGAUUGUACAGCUGCUUGCCUUCCUUGUGUUCUGCUUCACCGAUCUGGGCACGUCAGUGUACCGCCAUCUGACUGAUCAACAUGACCAGAUUGGAUACGUAGCGCAUUUGUCUGGGGCCGUUGCUGGCCUCCUUGUGGGAAUUGGGGUGCUGCGCAAUCUGGAGGUGCGUCGCUGGGAGCGCAUACUCUGGUGGGUGGCUGUGCUCUUCUACUUUGCGCUCAUGACCACCGGCAUCAUUGUGCACAUAUUUGUGCCCGACUACUUUCCCAAGCCCGAAUACAACUGAUCGCCAUUGCGAUCCGGACCAAUGACAAAUUAGCUUUAAGUAGCGCAUAGCCUUAGCCUCAGGUUGUCCAUGUACAUGUCCAAAGUGAACUUGAUGUAGGCCAUCUAUUAGCUUGAGCACGUGUAAAUUUUAGGCUUUAGUCUGUGCUAUUUUCUACCAUCGUUGGUUUGUGGUAUAUUUAACAUCCUCAACUGUCAUUUGAUGUGCAUCUACCGCCUCCUUACUCUCCCUAAUUAAUGCUUUGUAUACCGCAACAUAUGACCUUUACUAACACUUCGCUACAAGAAAGGGCUUACUCCCGAUCAGAACUGAUUCAGCCCAUUUUCCUCACGCAUUCUCUGAGCAGCUUUACUCGCAUCAUUUUCAUACUCUCAUUCAUUUGGCUACUACUCAUUACCCAAACUAAUUCAAUCAUAUUAUCCUAUCAUUUGCUCUCGACUUGUUUAGCCAUAUUGUAACCUGAGCAGGUUAUUACCCUACAUUUACGCGACUAAGUAAACUUAAAUAUACUAGACCUUUUAGGUUCUUUAUAUAUAUAUAUAAACAACGUAUCAUUUAUUUUUCGAUACAUAUAUUGCUAUAUAUAUGGCAUACUCUGUGCCUAAUGGCUUAAAAGGGCAUAGCUCUCUUGCUCCCAAAACAGUUAACAUGCAUUAAUCACAAUUUGGAUUUAUCUCACACCGUUCAAUCAAUUAAUACUUGUGAAACCCAAAAGAGUCGAACGAUUCAGUAAUCAUGCCUGCCCAUUCCCUUUUACCAGGAUAAACAUUCUUUUCAUGCUGUACUCAUCUGAAACGAUGACUAGUUACUUAAAAACAUAUAUAUGUAUAAAUUUUUUUAUAUUUAUAACACAUUUGUAUUAUUCUAUACACAUAUUUAUUUUUGUAACAUUUAUAUUGCAUAUAUGUAUGUGUGUACAGCAAACUGCGAAAGCCCACUUUGCCAGAACCCCUCCAUGUACACAACUAAUAUACUUACGCACAAUAUAAUACCCAAACGGCCGAUUAAACAAUCUAAAAAUAUCAUGUUUAUCAAGUAUUUUAAAAUAGUUGUGCAUUUCACAAAACUUACAAUGCGUAAUCUUAACAUUUCUUCAUUUGUACAAAAACAAAAUAUGUACACAUAAAUUACGCAAAUCCAGUAAUAAAAAUAUGUAUUAGAUUUA